AUGGCUGAAGACAAGCCCCGUCCAGCUCUCGACGACCCUCACGCUUACGUUCUGUACCGGUAUUAUCCAUCUCAGGUCGCGGCUAUUAUCUUUGUUGUACUGUUCGCUCUCACGACUAUCCUACACAUCUUCCAGCUCGUCAAGAGGAGAACAUGGUACUUUAUACCAUUAGUUGUUGGUGGUCUAUUUGAAACAAUUGGAUUCGUCGGACGAGUACUGUCGAAGGAUGACAUCUGGGCUCUCGGCCCUUUCAUUAUGCAGUCUCUCUUAAUUCUUGUUGCUCCCGCGCUUUUCGCAGCCUCGAUCUACAUCAUACUCGGACGGGUCAUUCUCAUGGUGGAUGGCGAGCGUUACUCGAUGGUCCGACAAAAGUGGCUCACGAAGACAUUUGUUGCGGGUGACGUGCUCAGCUUCUUGAUGCAGGGUUCUGGUGGAGGUAUCAUGGCCAUGGGAACUCUCAACUCGAUGGAACUUGGCGAGAAGAUCAUCAUCGGUGGUCUCUUCAUUCAACUCAUCUUCUUUGCGCUGUUCGUUUGUGUAGCCGCAGACUUUCAUCGACGUCUGAUCAAGGACAUCCCUAUCAAGAGGCGAUAUACACCUAGGUCACUCUUCCGCAAAACUCGACACACCCAUAAUAGCUCUUCCGAUGGUCCGAUCACCGCCGUAAUCUCUCGCGAAGCUGUCCAUGAACUGCCUUGGAAACGACACCUCUAUGUCCUGUAUGCUGCUAGUGCGCUCAUCCUUGUCCGAAGCAUCUUUCGCAUUAUCGAGUAUAUUCAAGGCAACGCUGGAUAUCUGCUCAGCAACGAGGUGUUUCUAUACAUCUUCGACGCGACCCUAAUGUUCCUAGUCAUGGUUUUGUUCAACUGGAUCCAUCCAAGCCAAGUCACAGAUCUUUACCGAAAACGCCAGCAGGCUCACGGCACUGUUGAGAUGCAGCAA